UGCAGAUGGCCAAGUUCCUGAGCGAUUGGUCGUUCACGGAGGAUCUGAGCCAGAAGGUUGGCGCAGUGUUCGUCACGAGUGGAGGACUCUCCGCAGGUGAGGAACUGACGAUGGUCAACCUGCUGCACUCGCUCAUGAUCUUCCGCAUGAUCAUCGUCGGCGGCGAGCGCUGGACGAGCGCGUUUGGCGCGUCCGCCAUUGUGGGCGAAGGACCCUUUGAGCCAGCGGGGCAAAACAGCCCGGAGACGCGCGACUUCCCGCCGAUCUGCUACCCGACAGACCCGGACGCCAUUCACGACAUGUUCAGGGACAAAGCAAUUGGCCUGGGGGAGCGAGUUGCUUCGAUCGCGUCGCAACUGCGGCGCGCACGGAGGGAUCUAUUAAGACAGGACUAGCCUUCUCCUAUCUUACACCGCAUUUGCGGUGCCUACAAGUUGCUGAAUAUAUUGAAGUGGGCCCCAGCU